UUUGCAUCCAACUCAAAGGAAAUCUUUAUAUUUCAACUCGAAAAGAUUUGGAGAAGCUUCAAAUGGCGUCUUACUCCAUGAAUUUCACAACCCAAAUUUUCCUUGCAUUGACAAUCCUCUCAUCUCUUCAUGUUUUGCAAGUAUCUUGCUUAGAAUUUCGAGUCGGAGAGCGAAACGGUUGGGUCGUCCCUCCUGCAAAUGAAACCAAACUCUACAAUGAAUGGGCUUCCAAGGAAAGGUUCAUCAUUGGAGACACAAUUCGUUUUAAAUACAGGAAGGAUUCAGUAAUGGAAGUCACUGAAUCCGAGUACAAGAACUGCAACUCAACACGGCCUAACUUCUUUUCCAAUACUGGGAACACAAUCUUCACCCUUGACCGCUCUGGAUUUUUCUACUUCAUAAGUGGAGCAACUGGGCACUGCAGAAAAGGGCAGCGAAUGAUCAUAAGGGUUAUGGCACAAGAUCAAGAUUCAAGUUCUUCUGCAGGUUGCAGAAAUAUUGCUGUGAUCACCUAUUAUGGACUACUUUUUUUACUAAUUAGUAUUCAGUUUGUGGCCUAGCUACCUUUCUUUAAAUUUCUUUAGGGUUAUUAGUUUUGCUUACUGCUACAGAAUAUUAGGAUUGUCUUGUUUUAUUCAUCCACCAUAUGAUGUUUCUAACUUCUAACAUCCUAUUUAUUGACAAUGCA